AUGAUAGAGCUGCACUGGUUCGGGAGCCUCAGGCUUAGUGGAGUGGCAAAGAAGAAGAAGAAGAAGAUGACGAAGAGGAGGAGGAAGGAGAUGGGAAGCAGCUUCUUUGGAGAUCCGAACAUGAGAGGGGCAUCUUCGUCUUCAUCGAACUCAACGAGGAAGAGCAAGAAGAGCAACUCCGACAAGCCGAAGCAGCCGCAGAGAGGACUCGGGGUGGCUCAGUUGGAGAAGAUCAGAUUGCAUGGCCAAAUGGGUUGUCCCAGCUUCCUCCCCAACAGCUCUCUCCCCAACCCUUAUCAGCAUCCUCAUCCUCAUCCUCAUCAACCCUCCACCUUCACUCAAGAGGAUUUGAGAAUGCAAAAUGCUUAUUCAUCGAUACCAUCAUCAUCCUUCUCCUAUUCUUCAUCUUCCUCUCCCUCAGCUUCUUAUGGAUUCAACCCGCACUUGAUGAUGGGUUUGAGUGAUUAUGAGAGAGCAAACAUCAGAUAUGAUGAUUCCCAGCCUACGAAUACCGCAAGUUGGAACGCUGGCAGUGGCAUCUCGGAGAUCCCACAAUACGGACAACACCCAAAUAUGACCAGACACCUCCUUAAUCUUCAUGUUGAGGAUUCCCAAGAGAAGAAGAACAAGAAGCAUAGAAGCAGCUCGAUAGGCUCGAGCAGCCAAAACUCCGAGCCCAACGACAACCAAGAAGUAGAUUUGGAGCUUAGACUCUCGCUUUGAUGAGAUCACAUCAUGAGGAAGAAUAUCGCCGGGUAUAGUGAAUUCCAAUGCUCUUCACUUGCAUUUGUGGGAGUUCGGCGCGACGGUGGUCUAAGGAAGUGUUGGAAUGGUGGAGCGAGGGAACUGAGGCCAACUUAUUUGAAGUUUCAUCUAUGAAGAACUUGUGUAGUGAAAGGUAGAUCUACUUCUACACAAGACAAUGAAUAUUUUUUUCCUUUCAUUAAUUGUCAAAGAAAGGAGAUGUGCAUUGUUUCUUAUAUCUUUUUACAAAUCUAUAAGGUCGCCCAAGAGCAUCUAUGGAUCUUUUUGAGAUUGUCCAAAUACACUUUGCUUUGUAUGCUCAACAGUUUAUUAAGAGAAUGUAGAAAGCAACCAAACACAUUGAACAUGUGCAGUAGAGAAUUCAAAUAAUGCAAAUUAUGAUAGUACUUUUUGUGA